AAUGAUUUUCAUGGAAAAGAGAGACAAAAUAUGGGGAAAAGAAAGCGACAGGCAAGCGUGAAAUGAAACCAAUCUAUCAAAAUAAAAUCCCUCCUUUUCUUCUUCACUUCUCUUCUGCUACUCCACUCCACACUCUUCCCUGCUCUCUGCUCUCUUCCACAACUGUAGAGAGUGAAAAAACCACUUGCCCCGCCGGAUAUAAUGACGGGUCAGGGGUUGCGGACUUCCAUUUUUUCUUGAAGAUAAUGAGCAGAGGCUUUGGUGUCUUCUUCUUUGAAGAAGAACAACGAUUAGGAGAUGUUUUCCCUUUCCCAUUCGCAGAAAGAUCAAGCAUUUGAGUCCCAAAACCCAAUCUUUUCCCCUGAUGUUCUCUUCUGCGAGGAGGAAGAUGUGGGCGGAUGGUCUUGUUUCCAGACUCACGAUUAUGCUGAGAUAAGUGUGUUAAAAAAGCCCUUAUUAACUUUCUUGGAAUCUGACCUUUUCUGGGAAGAUGAUGAGCUUCUGGCUUUAUUAUCAAAGGAAAAAGAGAUCGGGUGUGUUGAUCUGGACCAGUCUUUAAUGCUGGCCAGAAACGAAGCGGUGGAUUGGAUGUUGAAGGUCAUUAGGCACUAUGGCUUUAAUGCUUUGACCGCUGUUCUAGCUGUGAACUAUUUCGAUAGGUUCAUAUCUGGAGUUUGCUUUCAGAGAGAUAAGCCAUGGAUGAGCCAGCUCGCAGCAGUGGCUUGUGUAUCUAUAGCUGCAAAAGUGGAGGAGAUUCAAGUGCCUCUUCUUUUAGACCUCCAAGUGGCAGAGACGAAGUUUUUAUUCGAGGCAAAGACUAUUCAGAGAAUGGAACUCUUGGUGCUUUCUACCCUACAAUGGAGGAUGAAUCUUGUCACCCCAAUCUCCUUCAUUGACCAUAUUAUAAGGAGAUUCAAAUUGAUGACCAACCUGCAUUGGGAAUUCUUAGGCCGCUGUGAACGCCUAAUUCUCUCUGUAAUUGCUGAUUCCAGAUUACUUCAGUAUCUCCCCUCUGUUGUUGCCACUGCAAUAAUGUUUACUGUUAUCAAAGAGAUUGAGCCCUGCAAUGCCAUGGAAUACAAGAAUGAGCUUGUCUGUUUGCUCCAGAUCAGCAAGGAAAAGGUAGAUGAGUGCUAUAAUCUGAUCAUAGAGCUAACUGGUGGCAAAAGGAACAAGCAGCAUUGCCAACACCUUAAGCGCAAAUAUGAACCCGAACCGGGGAGUCCAAACGGCGUAAUUGAUGCAUAUUUCACCUCUGAUAGCUCCAAUGAUUCUUGGGCAGUUUGUUUCUCCCCCCACAAGAGAACCAGAAUUCACUAAACUGUGUCAGCAGUCCAUUUUCUUGCAAUAUUUGUCUUAAUGGCUACAAUCAUGGUACUAAAUUCUCUGCUAAUCUUUCUCAUAAAAUGCAAUGGCAGCUGUAUGACAUUCAUUCCAUUAUGUUUCACUUGAUUUCUGACCAAACCCAUGUGAUGUCUUCCAUGGAUAUGCUAAAAUUUGACUCCAUCUCCCCAUGAGGAGUUUGUUUGGAAAAAAGAGAGAUUUGGCAGAGCCCUUUUUUUCUUC